CUAUUUUUAUCUGUAUUUUCUCAGCACCGCCUCUAUCCUGAACCAUUGUCACAAACCCUAAACCCUGUACUAGGAUAUCAAAAUACGAAAUCUAUGGAGGACAGCUUCAAGGUUCGAGUUGAUAGGGCUUUCGGAUCUCUCGAAGCUUCUUCUUCAUCUACAAUCAAAUCAACAUCGUCGUCCUUAAGCUCUCUCUGGUGCCUCACCGACGAAGAGAUCAAGAGAAACGAAUGGAUUCAAGAUAAAAUCACCGUUCACAAAGACAAAGAUGACGAACACAUCCACCGUCUCAAAACCCCCAAAAUCUAUUCUUCCUUUCUACAAGGCCUUCUUGCCGAACCCUCAACCUCUCAUCAAGACCUGGAGUCUGACAUUCAAGAGCUUGAGGACGAAGAAGACGAAGAACAACAGCCGCCGCUGUCGAAACCGGACGAUCAUAGCAACGACGACUGGAAUAUUCGAUCUUCCGUCGGCAUGGACUGCACUCUCGACAACGAGGAAGAGGAAGAUGGUUACGACAAGGUGGCAUUAGGCAGGGAAGAAUCUACAGAUCGUUUUUACAUGAGAGACGUGAACGAUUAUGAAGUCGAGAUGGAUUCCAACAAUGAGCUUCCGGACUCGAUCACCGAUGUUAUCAGGGAUCCCCGAGCGAAUCACAUGGCUGCAAAACUCAGGCUUAAAGAAGACGAAGAAUCUGCUAGAAAAUUGGGGUUGCAGGUUUCCGAGAACAACAACAUACAGGAAUCAACAACGACGGAGAAUCAGAUCUCUACACCUUUUGUUCCAGAUUAUGUACGUAAUCCUUCAAAAUACACACAUUAUACCUUUGAUUCGAUGGAUGAUGCUGAUGAAGAAACAAAUAGAAAAGCUUACAUGGAUUUUUUCAAUUUGCUGAAGGGGUCUGGUGGUGGUGGUGGUGGUGACAUGGAGACUGAAGAUGUUUCCAUGGAGUCUCAAACAUCAAUUGUGUUUACUCCAAGAAAGAAGAAGUCGAGUGAUGAUACGAUGAAGAAAAGCAAGGCAGAUGCAGGAUACAAGAAAGUUGUUCCUGCUGGUAUUGCUGGUGAGGAUGUUGAAGACAGUGUGGGGGUUUGUGUGAUGGAUGAAGAUGAGGCUGAAAUGGCAAUGAAUAAGCAGAGAGGUGGUCGGAGGUAUAGGACGAAGGCCAGUUCUGAUGUUGAAUGAGUUCGAGGUAUACACAGAGUGAAUAGAAAUUAUAAUAUGCUACUCUUGGAACUGGGAUACAGAUCCAUUUUCUGCUAUUUAUGAAUUAUGAAGUUGCAAGGAUAAAAGAAUAUUUAAUUUAUAUUAAAGUUACAUUUGAUAUUUUGAUCA